CUGCGAGCAUCACGCAAGCCGGGUACUUCACAACUUCCUACUGCCAGAGUCAAGAAGAUCAUCCUCAGCGACCCGGAUGUGGACGCCUGUGGGAAAGAGGCCACCUUCGCCAUCGGCAAGGCAUGUGAAAUCUACAUUCACCACCUCGUCGAAUCCGCCUACACACAAGCACGCCUAGACAAGCGCAAAGCCGUCGUGUACCGGGACGUAUCCCGCGCCAUCAAGAGUACGCCGCACCUCGAGUUCCUCAUGGAUGUAGUCCCGCAGUCCAUCCCGCUCUCCCAGGCCUUGACUGAGAGACAGCGU